CAUUCAAAGCCUUGAAACUAAACCCUCAUCAGGAAUAAUCUGAAGAUGAUACGGCAAUUAUUCCCGAACUAACCCUUUUUCUCUGAAAUCGUUUUGACACUCUGGAUUUAUUAGACAAGUGCGUCAAAGCGCCGAAAGCCCUCCCUUCACCAGAUUGCAACCAGCCUGCCCCUCUCUCAUUGGCCUCAGUGUUGUCCGUCCAGUCCAGUUUAUUGUUUAGGUGUACUCCUGGCAACUUGUACAAGGCUUCUAUCUCUAUUUUAUCCCCCUGGAUGGUAAGUCAACAACAACAACAAUGGAGUGAGGAAAAUCCUGAGGCAGAUAAUAGGGCCUCAGUCCUACAGCCAGCAGCUCUAUAUCUGGAGUACUGAUCCCCUCCAUCACUGUUACAUGUCCAGGGUUAUUUUUGUUGGUUACUACUUGGCCUAACCAAUAAGAAAAUAAUAUUUAAAAAAUAAUAAUAUGGGACAUGAACUCCAGUCUCCUGGGUGAAAGAGUUUAUCCAUUCAUCCAAUGCAUGGAUGGAAUAGGGCCUUGGCUCAGACAUCGGAACAUUUUAUGAUUUAAUUGAUUUAUUUUGGGCGAGAGAACUUUAGCCAAUCAGAGCGAAGGGGCCGGAGCCCAGGCCCCUGAGGCCCCCCUCCUGCCUGCUACUGAGGCUGUAUCUGGUGAUGAUGACAAUGUACUGUCAGGGUGAGGCAUAAAGCUGCCCUACACAUCACCCUGAACAGAGGGAGAGAAAAAGAGACAGUGAUUGAAAUACGUAAAGAGAGAGGACCUGGUCAAGCUCUCUAACAUAACUUGGAUACAAACAAUGGACUCUAACAUGACUAUUGUGAGACCAGCAUACUUCGUUAUCAGUGGCUUUUCAGGAAUCCCUCAUGUUAACUACUACUAUUUAUUUUUACUGGUGCUCUACAUCUUGUCAGUGGUGGAAAACAGUGUAGUGAUGGCCUUGAUAUGCUUAGACCAGAGUCUCAAGACUCCAAAGUAUAUUGCUGUGUUUAACUUGGCGUUUGUAGACGUGGUUGGCAGUUCCUCCCUGGUGCCCAAGGUUAUCGACACGUUCUGGUUCGACAACAAGUACAUCACGUACAGCAACUGCUUAACUUAUGAGUUUUUUAAUUAUAUGACCCUCACCAUGCAGUCUCUUAAUCUGGUUGUACUCUCCUUCGACAGGCUAGUGGCGAUCACCUUUCCAUUACGUUAUCAGAUCAUUGUGAGUCUGAAGACCAUGUUCUCACUGAUAGCUGCUUGCUGGAUUAUUGCCAUCCUUGUCAACUUGAUAGCUGUAGGGCUUCUAACACGACUGUCCUACUGCAGGUCUGUUGUUAUCUACAGCUAUUUCUGUGACCAUGCACCACUUUAUCGACUCGCCUGCAAUGACAAUCGGCCUAAUUAUAUACUUGCCAAAGUGUUACCAGCUAUUAUUCUUUGGGUUCCAUUGCUGUUUGUCUUGAUCACUUACACGUCCAUUGGUGUUGCUCUGUCUAAAAUAGCUGGAGCCCAUGAUAGAAUGAAGGCUUUCAAAACAUGCAGUGCUCACAUGAUUUUAGUGGCAAUCUAUUACUUACCAAUUCUAUUCACUUUGGCUUUGGAUGCUAAAGUGCCUCCAAAUGUCAGGAUCAUUAAUAUGUCUCUCGCUGCUGUCCUACCUCCAGUGUUGAACCCACUCAUUUAUGUUUUACAGACUCAGGAAAUUAAACAGUCUCUGAAAAAGGUGUUCAAAAGAAUAAAACGAUCAAAAAUUGCUAUGAAAUAGAAGAUCCAAAUGUAAUAUUUUAU